AUGCCAGAUUUGAAAUCGAACAUUUCACCAACUCAGUCUCUGGAGGGGUCUAUCCCGCCUGAGAUCGUGUACCAAAUACUCACAUACCAAUUUAGGGAUUUGUUAAGAAAUGAUCAUCCAGGAACCGCAGAGAAGUUUAACGAAAAUUUAACCACAUUUGUCAAAAGUAAUUUAACCGUUAACAAAACUUUUUCUCAUAUUUGUCAAGUUCUCAUUUAUAGAUAUUGUAAUUUAACUACUGCGAAGAGGUUUCAUGGUCUUUUGCAGACUUUGAAAGGUAAUAAAACCCUCUGCAAUAAAGUUGAAGUAGCUGAUUUCCAAGAAUUAACGUCUAUUGGGCUUGGAAGGUCUAGCGAGAUGAACAAAAUGAUUAAAAAUUUAACUAACGAAACUCUUCUUGAGUUUCUGAUGCUCACUAAGGCAAACUUAAGAGAAUUCUUAGCAUGUGAAAAUAUUCAAGACGAUUUAGACGACAAUAUCAUAAAGUACAUCCUAUCUCCGGGCAAAGUCUUGAGUGUAGUGGACUUCUGUGGUUGCUCAGGCACUAGCUUUACAGAGAGUUUUAUUAAGGGCCUAGGAAAAUACUAUCCCAGUAAAUCGAUUGACCAAUAUCAACUGGAACCCAUUCAACAGAAUUAUCAGAUUACCUGUUUGGGCCUAAAUGACUGUAUUGAUCUGCCAUCACAUGUCCUUUGGAAGAUUCUGAAAAUGUUACCUGAAUUACAAAAACUUGACUUGUCUCAUACGUCCAUUGAUGAUAGCACUUUAUACCAUGGCAUCCCUCACUGGAAAAAUUUGACUCAUCUUUCCCUGGCAACUUGUCUUCAAGUUACUCCAAGAGCGGUUCUAGAAUUUUUCAGUCAUCAUCCAACGAUUACUGAUCCUGAUAACACUUCCACGUUAGAAUGGUUAAAUGUUAGCGUCAUAGCCCAUUCAUCGUCUUGGAACGAAGUGCAUACAAUGUUUUUAUUAAAGAAACUUUGUCAGCAUGGUCAUAACAAGACUUUGCAAUAUCUGAAUAUUGGCGGCUUACCACUCCAUAUAGCAUCAUCUUUCAACGAUGAUCCUAUUAGCGAAUCCACAUAUUACCAUCAAUGUCGCGAUAGUUUACAGUUUAUAAAGUGGAAUUUUCCAAAGUUAAAAAGCUUGAGUAUAAAAGGUAAUAAUGUUCCAAUAUCUACGCUAGUAGAAUUUUUAACGCCGAAUGAUCAAGACCACCCUGACUGUGUCCAAAAAUUGAAGUUUUUGAAUAUUUCCGGUAAUUCGUAUGUUAAUAAAUGGACUAUUCAGGAUUCAUUAUUAUACACCUGUUCUCCAACUCUAGUCGCGUUAGAAGUUUCUUUUGAAUCCUGGCAACAAAUUGAAAAAUUAAAUGAUAGACAUGAAAUUAUUGCAUAUAGAUAUAAAAAUCCUAAUUCGAUAAUUAAAGAUAUUGCAACUGCAGAAGAAGUAAAGUGGAAAUGUUACAUCGAUUCUUCUUAUGGCAGGAGGUACUGGUUAUAUAGGGCAGAUCCAUUUUUAAAUCGUGAUGACUUGGAAUCUAAGUCAAAUCUGACCAGGUAUGAUUUGGAGGGCCACAAAAUUAUAGAAAUUAUAAAUCAACCAGAUUUCUUAAAGUUUGCGCAAAGUAAAAUCAUGCUUGGCUGUGGCCUAGUUCCUCAAAGUGGUGUCAGACGUAAACUGUGCUACAGAGAUUUAAAGCCACCAGUUUCCCAAUUUUUGAAUAGAAAAGGUGCCAUCAGCCUCGGGAACACUCCAUUGCCAAUAAUUUCUCCAACAUUACCUCGUGGUGGUUGGAGAAUCAUUCACAAUGAAAAUGAGCACAACAAUUAUAUCGAUACAAAUCAAAUUCAUACUACUGGUAUUACAAGAGAGAAUGCUCUAUUAAGCAGACCUUCUUUGAGAGGCAGCUAUGCUUCUCCGCAGGCCGACCCAUAUGCUGUUAAUCCAUCUGCAGCAUCUCAAAUUAGAGAUGGGCUAUAUUGGGAUAGGUCGGUGCAUGAUUUACGUGAGUUAUCGUUGCAGGAGCAAAGAAUUCAGGAAUUAGCUGAUGAGCAACAGGAAUUAAGAACAAUGGCAAACUAUGAAGAAACUGACGAUGAAUAUUUGCACGAUCCUGACUUGCAACGAAGAAGGUCACAACUGCGGCUGUUCGAAAGUUCACGUUCACGUUCAGGAAAUAAAGCGAGAAUGAGUUUAACUGGUGAGCAUUCAUCCUCGGGAUCGUUUUUGUCCUUCUCUCACCUCAACCACCUUCAAAAACGUAAGAAUUACUAUUAUACACAUCCGGAUGAAUUCAUAUAUGAUCUAAGGGACCCUCGAACAACUCAGAGGUAUAGGUUGCAUUUCGAAGUAGUUAACGAAUAUCAAGUUUUUGGGUGCAUUGAGCGUGGAAUGUAUCGAUACUACAGUUUAAAAGCAUAG